AUGCAGAACCCAUUGCAGCCUGCUCCCGGCGCUGCCUUUGACCAGGUCCUAGGCUUCCACCAACUUGGAGAAGUAUCAAGUACUAGCCAUACAAUCAAUACGGGUGUUGGUGGAUUACAGACGACAAGUGAUGGGUAUAUGGCCCCCGGGGCGCUCGAAGAGCCAUUUUCUCCGAUAAAUCAGCCUGUUGGCCCACAGGAUAGCUCUUACUAUCCUCUAAUGAGUCUACAGGUCUCACAGAUGGAGACUUAUCUCGAGAAUUCAUUCGCGGAUGCGAAUUUGAGAUCUUCAGAUAUGGCCCUUUUGGAUACCCUGCCUCCUGCUCCCGAUGCUUUGUUGUUAAGCGAUGAUUGCUUUACUGGACAGAUCAACGAUGGACACAACACGAGGCCGAUUGCGUCGCAAUCGGGAGAGACGAGAACAAAUUCCCUUGAAGGCCAUGGAGACGAGUUUGAUUAUGUCCUUGGAGGAAUAGGAGGCGAAGUUCCCCUGAUUCAAUGA